GCGGGAGGAGGAGCUGCCGCCGCCGCCGCCGAGCGCUGCUUUCUCUCUCUCGCCGCCGCUGCCGCCGCGCUGCCGGGAGGGGCGGCCGCCCCGCGCCCCCCGCCCCGCGAUGCCGCUUUUCGCCACCAACCCCUUCGACCAGGAUGUGGAGAAAGCAACCAGUGAGAUGAACACUGCAGAGGACUGGGGCCUCAUCUUAGACAUCUGCGAUAAAGUUGGACAGUCACGCACAGGGCCUAAAGACUGCCUCCGGUCUAUUAUGAAGAGAGUGAACCAUAAAGACCCCCACGUCGCUAUGCAAGCGCUAACACUUCUAGGAGCAUGUGUAUCAAACUGUGGCAAAAUCUUUCAUUUAGAAGUCUGUUCAAGAGAUUUUGCCAGUGAAGUAAGCAAUGUAUUGAAUAAGGGUCAUCCAAAAGUUUGUGAAAAGCUGAAAGCCCUUAUGGUGGAAUGGACUGAUGAAUUCAAGAAUGAUCCACAGCUUAGUUUAAUAUCUGCUAUGAUAAAAAAUCUUAAGGAGCAAGGAGUUACUUUCCCAGCUAUUGGAUCACAGGCUGCUGAACAGGCUAAAGCAAGUCCAGCUCUAGUUGCCAAAGAUCCUGGUACAGUAGCCACCAAAAAGGAAGAGGAGGAUUUAGCUAAAGCUAUUGAGCUGUCACUAAAAGAACAAAGGCAACAGCAAACAACACUUUCCAGUUUGUAUCCAAGCACCUCAAGCCUUUUAACAAAUCACAAACAYGAGGGCCGAAAGGUUCGUGCAAUCUAUGAUUUUGAGGCUGCUGAAGAUAACGAGCUAACUUUUAAAGCUGGAGAACUUAUAACUAUCCUUGAUGACAGUGAUCCAAACUGGUGGAAAGGUGAAACUCAUCAGGGUAUAGGAUUGUUUCCAUCUAAUUUUGUAACAGCUGAUCUUUCUGCUGAGCCUGAAAUGAUGAAAGCUGAGAAGAAAACAGUGCAGUUCAGUGAUGAAGUCCAAGUAGAGACAAUAGAACCUGAGCCUGAGCCAGUUUAUAUUGAUGAAGAUAAAAUGGACCAACUCUUGCAGAUGUUGCAAAGUGCUGAUCCUUCUGAUGACCAGCCAGACCUUCCAGAAUURCUUCAUCUUGAGGCAAUGUGCCACCAGAUGGGACCUCUCAUAGAUGAAAAAUUGGAGGAUAUAGACAGGAAACAUUCAGAACUUUCAGAGCUUAAUGUUAAAGCAAUGGAGGCCCUUUCUUUGUAUAACAAAUUGGUGAAUGAGGACCCAAUGUAUUCCAUGUACGCAAAACUACAGAACCAGCAGUAUUACAUGCAGUCAUCUGGUGUUUCUGGCUCUCAGGUUUAUCCGGGGCAAACUCAAGGUAAUGCAUAUUUGGUGGCAGGGAGUGCACAGAUGGGCCAUGUUCAAGGUUACAAUCUUCCUCCUGAACAGCUCCCUUCUCUCAGCCAAGGCACAGUUACUCCAUCUGCCAGCUCAGUACUACCUGGUCAGCCUGCACAGACGUCUUACACAAAUGCAAUGGUUGGUUCUGUUGCUGGAAGUACUUACUCUAACCAGGCAUCAGUGUAUAGUCCACCACCUGGUACUGUUGAUGUUGCUGCUUAUCAGAAUGCUGGAACUAACAUGUCCCAGGUGCCAAACUAUAACUUAGCACCUACAGCUCUGCCACAGACAGCAGGCAGUCAACAAGCACCUCCACAACAGCCACAGCCUCCACCACCUCAACAACCACAGCAUAGUUAUUCACAGAAGGCUCUGCUAUAGGAUCCAGGACUUCUGAUUGCUAAUCAUCUUUAACCUCUGCUAAAGGCAGUUGGUGAUUCUAUGAGUUUCUUCAUUUAAUCUCUUAAACUUUGUUUAUCCUCAGCUUAGUAAGAAUCUCUCUUGGUGAACAAGUUCAAUUUGCACUGACUUUUUAGGAUUUUUUUUUAAUUUUGCAGAGGAACUGAUAUAUUUAGGAAAUUUAAUUCCUUUUAAAAUGCCUAAAAAUUGGUACAAGAUUAUUUAUGUAUGGUUAAAUUGGCUAGUUUGUGAAAACUCAACCAUUGCAAACUAUUGUGGCAUAUAUGUUAUGUACAUAGUGUGUGAUUGCAGUAGUGCCCAUUUCGUAUAGCUAUGGUGGUCAUGUGAAUAUAUUUAACACAAUGUUUAAAAAUAAUUUGCUUUACUAUUUUAUUUUAAUCAUGAACUGACAACCAUAUUUCAUAGUUUUGUCUAGUUUUAAGACAGAUGCAAUGUCUUUUUCCAAUGCAGGAAAACAGUAAUUCUGCAUAUCAUGGUUACUAUUACAAGCUAACGUCUAUAUAUGAAUUUACAAACUUACCUAAGUUUCACUACUUCUUGAAUUGAACACAUGUGUAUCAUGACUAUUAGAUAGCUUAUCUACCAAAGUAAACUUGUUAACUAGUAAAUGAUUUGGGGGGAUAACAGCAAAUUAUGAUUCUGCUUCCGACAUAAUGAAUUACUUAAAACUACUAUUCAGAGGCUGCUAAACGUAUCAUGGGACCAUGAAACAGAUCAGGAUCUUGCAUUUUAUCAUGAGAAGCAUGUAAUUUAUUUUUCCGAGUUGUUUUUUAAAAUGAGAACCAGAAUUAUAUUCUAUGUGUGUUGGUAGAGAUUACACCAAAGAAAGACAGAGGAAUUGAGUUGAAAGAGAAACAAUGGAGUUUUAAACUGGAACACACAACAUGAAUUACACUCUUUURUUCAAGUCUUCUUAAUUAGAACAUGGAGAAUUACGGACAUUUAAAUCACUUUGCUAAACAAACCUUCAGGGCUUGGUUUUAUCUCUUGUGGCCUUGCUUAGCAAUUUGUUCUGUUUACUGUUGUAACGCAAACACUUCUGCCUUAAAUGUCUGUUUCAAUUUUCAGUUGUACCAUUUGAGUUUAUUAGCCCUUCUAUAGUUUAGAUGGUUUAUGAGGCAUCUCAUUUAAUCCACUUACAGGUUACUUUAAAUUCUCUUCUACAGCAACAUGCAUUAUCCUGUUUUAAACCCUUGUGUUACUCAGUAACUUAGUCAGAUGGCUGUGUAAAGCAGGAUAUUUUCUUGCUGUGGAUGAGGUGCUGCAAAAGAAACGUAGUAACAGAAGGUAGCAUUUCAGGUGUGCUUGAGCAGGGUUUCUUGUACAAAGACUGUUGUUUGCAAAUGUGUUCCAUCUAGUAGUGCAUCCUGGUUUCAUCUUUUCCAGUGACUCUAAUUUCACUAAGCAGAUGGCUUCAACAUCAGGUCUGUUUUUAGUCUAGUGUGGAUGUCAGAAGUUGUUUGUUUUGUGUACUAUAUUUUAAUGUGUUUCUGGAAUUAAAUGUUUCAACUGUA